CCUCCCUCCCAGAGUCCCCAUGUCAUGCCUCUCCCGGUAGCACCUUACUGCUGGGUAUGAAGAGGUUGUCUGUGCUGCUGGUGGACUGCAGGAAAACAAUGGGGCUGAGUGGAACUGUGAGAGGAGGAGAAGAGAAGAAAGGAUCAGAUUUGAUACAUCAAAGAGAAAGACCAGACUCAGAGGAACCAGAGCCAGGGACGUCCAAACCAGCAAGAAGACACCAGUGCUCCCACUGUGGAAAGGGUUGUAACCGGUUAUGGGACCUGAAACAACACGAGAUAAUACACACCGGGGAGAAGCCUUACCACUGCUCCCAGUGUGGAAAGAGUUUUAACCAGAAAGGACACCUGAUCCAACAUAAGAGAAUACACACAGGGAAGAAGCCUUACGACUGCUCCCAGUGUGGAAAGGGUUUUAACCAGAAAAGCUACCUAAAAAAACACGAGAGAAUACACACAGAGGAGAGGCCUUACCACUGCCCCCAGUGUGGAAAGAGUUUUACCUACUUGUGUAAUCUGAAAACACAUGAGAGAAUACACACAGGAGAAAAGCUGUACUGCUGCUCCCAGUGUGGAAGGAGUUUUACCCACUUACGUAACCUGAAAACACAUGAGAGAAUACACACAGGGGAGAAGCCUUACCAUUGCUCCCAGUGUGGAAAGGAUUUUGCCCACUUAAAUAACCUGAAAACACAUGAGCAAGUACACACAGGUGAUAAGCCUUACUGCUGCUCCCAGUGUGGAAAGAGUUUUAACCAGAAAAGCUACCUGAAAAAACACGAGAGAGUACACACAGGAGAAAAGCCUUACCACUGCUCCCAGUGUGGGAAGGGUUGUAACCAGUUAGGUGACCUGAAACGACAUGAGAGAAUACACACAGGAGAAAAGCUGUACCACUGCUCCCAGUGUGGAAAGGCUUGUAACCACCUAGGUGACCUGAAACGACAUGAAAGAAUACACACAGGAGAAAAUCUGUACUAUUGCUCCCAGUGUGGAAAGGGUUGUAACCACUUAGGUGACCUGAAACGACAUGAGAGAAUACACGCAGCAGAAAAGCUGUACCACUGCUCCCAGUGUGGAAAGAGUUUUACCCACUUACGUAACCUGAAAACACAUGAGAUAAUACAUACAGGGGAGAAGCCUUACCACUGCUCUCAGUGUGGAAAACGUUUUAUCCACUUUUGUAACCUGAAAACUCACGAGCAAUUACACACAGGGGAGAAGCCUUACCACUGCUCCCAGUGUGGAAAGAGUUUUAAUCAGAAAAGCUACCUUAAAAAACACGAGAGAUCACACACAGUAGAGAAGCCUUGUCACUGCUCUCAGUGUGGAAAGGGUUGUAACCAGUUAGGGGACCUGAAACGACAUGAGAGAAUACACACAGGAGAGAAAUCUUACCACUGCUCCCAGUGUGGAAAGGGUUUUAACCAGUUAGGGGAC